GAAAAUGUUUUGCUAAGUGGCGUAGUCCAAUUUGUAUAAUCUUUCCGCAACCUGCGCGGAGGCAAGGGAAUCGACAAUCCGGUUGACGGACUCGUGCAACUCUGGGGGCUCCGUAUUGACAAGCGGAUGAGUCUUGAACCGGCACGACGGGCGCUUUACGUCACGAUGAUGGCGGACGAGUGAGGAGUGAGCCCUGUGAGGUCCUCUCUCUGCAACACGCAUACACACGCACACACACUUCCUCCAUGGAUUCCAGCAAUGAUGACACUCUGGAUAUCAUCGUCACCAAUGUGGUGGCAACGUUCAGGACCAGGUGCCACCUCAACCUGCGCACCAUCGCCCUGGAGGGAACCAACGUCAUCUAUAAGCCGGAGGUGGGGAAAGUCCUCAUGAAGCUUCGGAAGCCCAAGAUAACCGCUUCCAUCUGGUCCUCAGGGAAAAUUAUCUGCACUGGAGCAACAAGCGAGGACGAGGCCAAGCAAGGUGCUCGCCGCUUGGCACGAUGUCUGCAAAAAAUUGGCUUCAAGGUGAGGUUCUCGGCCUUCAAGGUGGUGAACGUGCUGGCUGUCUGCUCCAUGCCCUUUGCCAUCCACCUGGUGGACUUCACCAAGAAGAACCGGCCCAUUGCCAGUUAUGAGCCCGAGCUCCACCCUGCCGCCACCUACAGGAUCAAAACCAUCAAGGCCACCAUCCAGGUGUUCUCCACGGGCAGCCUCACAGUCACAGGACCAAACGUGCAGAACGUGGCCACGGCGGUGGAGCAGGUGUACCCGCUCCUCUUUGAGUGCAAGAAGCCGCUCUGCAAGUAAGGCGGAGCGCCUGGGCCUCGGUCCUCUCGCCACCGAGUGCGUUUCUUGUGGACUCGCGUUCGUUUUAGAAGUAACAAAAACAAAAAAACGCAAAAACUGUUGCAAGUCAACCAUUUUCUCCGUCCACGGAAAACUCUCCAAAAUCCGGCUUACUCAACUCAUGUACAUUUUGACACUCGCUGUAAAUUGUAAAUAUGAUGAUUUUGUAAUAUUGUUAUUCCAGGAUUGAGCCUGUGUGUGUGCGUGUGUGUAUAGGAUCACUUUUGAGGAUGUUUUAGUGCAGGUUGAGCGUAAACGUAAGCUCCGUUUCCGAGACCAGCUUUUAAUGUUUGUGCUCAUGCGCAUCCCUCGAACCGACUGGACUUUUACCCGCAUGACUCUUAAUUGCGGUUGACGUCAUCCGAUCCGUUUAUAAGCGGACCUCCCGCCGGCCGUUUCCCAACCCCCCCACAGCUUCAAGACUAUUUUGUAUUUUAUACAAAAAUAAAGUGAUAAAUAAAGCA